AUGCUCUCCAAACCAGAAUCACCACCUUCUUACAAAGCGUUUCCUUUAUUCAAAAUUCCAAUCAUCGCAGCCAACGAAGUUAUGUUGUGUAUGCCGCUAGUCGAGAUUUACAAUUUUUCUACGAUCAAGAAGAAGACAAGAAGCUUUGUAAAAACCUUCACAUCACAGAAACUACGGGGAAGACUUGAAAUUUGCGUGAAUAUAUUUGAAAAUUCUUGCAUUAGAAUCAGGAAUCGGACAGUUGAUUUGUGGAAAAUUGAAUUAAAACCAAUUGGAGAAACGGUACAAAAUAGCUGUAGAGAAGGGAUCACCUGGAACAUGUCCGUGCCUGAUGUUUUGGCCAGCUUCACGUUUUGGACCGACUAUAUCACUGAACUCUUCAACACCCCAAUCACUACGUUUCACUUUGAAAUCACUUCAUUUGAAACUCAAAAUCAAUCAAUAAUCGACUGGCUUCUAUCCAAACAAGAGACUAUUCGAGAUUGAUGUUAUUGUCGGAGACGAUUUUCUUACUGAUAAUUUUCUAGCAAUCUGGAACAGAAAUCUAAAAGUGACAAAGUAUUUAGAGCUUGAUCUCAUUGUGAGACACAACUUUCAAUGGGAUAUCGCAAUUAAGCAGCAAGAGUUGCGUAUCUGGAACGCCGAUUGGUUCAAGCUGAAAACUUGCUGAAGGCGGAAUGCUUGAGCAUCAUCCUAGACGGAUCAGAAUUGACAUCUAUUGAAUUGAAUAGAUUCCUCCAAAGUUGGUUAUUGUCAGAAUCUAACGUCAAUUUCAAAUCCUUCCAGUUUCAUACCUAUGAUGAAAUUUCACUAGAUCAGGUCCUUGAUCUCCCUGCAGAAGCAACGGAAGAAAAUGAGCAGGAAAAACGAGCAAUUAUCAGCCUAAUGCUUGAUUCUCGAGCAGAAUUGACGAUCAAGCGGAACGAUGGGAGGAACGCUUUACUGAGCACUCCGUUCAAUAAAUUCUUCCAAAAAAUUGACUUCUUAAUGAAUCGUCCUAUUCUAGGUACGGUACCCCGCGACACCGGAUUUUACGCAAUAUUGCACUAAAA